CACAAGGAGAAAAUAAUAUUUUGUCUUUUGACUUUUAUUCACAAGAAUUCUUAUGAUUUUCUUGACUUUUUAUGGAAGAACCAUGCGUUGAAACUUGACAACAGAACUAGGUUGUUACCUAGGCCUCCUGUAUCUAAAGCAACAGUAGAAAAGACCUCGCAGGAAAGUUACAAAGUGAAGUUAUUGCCAAAAUCCCAUCGCCAGAGAAAUACCAGCAUCAACCAAGAAUGGAGUUCAAAGUUUGGGUUGACGGGAUCAAACGAGUCGUUUGUGGUGUGACGGAGGAAACGACGUGUCAGGAUAUCAUCCUGGCAUUAGCGCAUGCUACAGGACAAACUGGGCGUUUCACUUUGUUAGAAAAGUGGCGAAAUAACGAACGGUUUCUGUUACCGCAAGACAAUCCUCUGAGAAUCCUUCAUAAGUGGGGAGAAUAUGCGACAGAUGUGCAUUUUAUUUUACGGAAAUCCGGGAAAAGUCGCAGCAGUGGGGACCGACAUAAGGAGAAAUUCAAGCAUAAUUUUAUGCCGCCUGCGGCCGUGGGGAACAUAAAGAAAUCUUUAACAUUCAGUGGGGCACACAAUACUAACAGUCAGCACCUUGGUCGCCACAGUGCACAAUCGAGUAUCUCCUCAACUGAUAGUUACGAUCUGCGCGCCUCGACUCAUGUCCCGUCACAGGGCAGUAUUGAUCGCCGGCGAGUGCGGGAAAAGUCGCCAGACUCUCGCCGACCGCAGGCUUCAGUCCCACCAUUCACUAGUCAAAAUAAAGCACCUUCAACUCUUCAUGUUGACACUAAACAAUCUCCGCCUAGUUAUAAUAGUCUUGAGCGAGCAGGACGGACUCUUAGCCCUGUUGGUGGCAUUCGUAGUCCGGGUUCAGGCAGUAGUGUCCCGUCUCCACCAGGAACAUUCGAAAACAGAAAAUCUAAGUCAAAAUUGCCGCAAUCCGGUCAAGGUGAUCUAAUGGAAGAACUGAAUCUUGAUAUAAACUCGGUAACGUUGAUUAGUGAGGGUGAGGAGUUUGAUCGUAAGGCAUUUGAGAAGAAGAUAUUGGAGCAUGGCAGUUUGCAGGACCUGGUAAAGUUGGUGGAGUUGCAGAAGGAACGAGUUCAGCUCUUGGACUCGCAGAUGCAUAUCAUGGACUCAGAAAUCCAAUUUUGGGAACAAAAGGACAAAGAGCUGACAGAGCAGACGCGACUUCUGAGGGAACAACUCGAGAAAGCUGAAACUGCAGAAAGCAAAUAUGAAGUGGAGAUCAAAGAAAUCGACAAGAUCCACUGGGCGGAUAAAAUUGAAACUGAAAAAAAGAUUGAACACUCUUUGAAAUCUGAGAUUUCUCUUUUGAAGACACGUCUGGAAGAAUCGGAGGCUGAUGUGGUUCAGUGUGAAAAAGACGCUCUUUAUCUUGAGAAGGAAAUUGCUGUGGAGGAGGCAGAAAUUAAGGAGAUGGAGUGUGAGAGACAGAAACAGGAGGCUGAGACUCUCAACAAAAUAACUGUGCUACAAAAAGAUCUGGUGGAAAGAAAUUCUGAGAAUGAGAAAAUGCAGACGUCAUUUGAAGCUGUCGAAGUGGAGGUGAACGAAAAGGAGAACGUGUUGCGGGAGAAGAAAGGUCAAAUCGAGGAGCUGGAAAAACAAAUCAAGUUACUCAACUUGGAUAUGUUCAGGAAAACUCCAGUAGAGGGCAUGGCGGUUGUUGAGGAGAAUGUUGAUGAUAAGAGUGGUCGAAAGUCCCCGAGGCCUCCAGGACGAAAACUUGCCAACUUCCAGAUCAAACAACUCACAGAAGGUGUCAUCACUCCUAAAAAUCCACAUGGCAUGUGGGUCUAACUCAAAACUGUGGUCUAGCAGCGCCAGAAUCCCCAUUCUAAAGUGCACCACAAGCAAGAGAUUCUUGUUUCAGUGACCUGGUAAUCCAAUUUUUGCUGGCUGCGAUAUUUAUCGCAGAUUGCAUCAAAAACUGAUUCGUGUAGUGCACAUACACCUUCAAUGACCACUGCGAAGGAGAGAUUGUUGUCGCAUGUGAUAAUUAUCAUUGGUCACUGAAACAGAAAUCUCUCCUUCGUGGGCACUUGGAGCAAAUCUCACAGUACUGGGCCUGAAAUGUUUACUUGGUAUACAUUGCAUACUAUCAUACUAGAAGUAUGCCACGAAAGUGUUCAAUAGUGUAAAAGAGUGCUUGUUUGAACAACGCUACAAGUGUAUGUAUAUGUAAUCAUCGUUGCUAAUAUUCCAAUUACUUGGACGGUACUAAUUAAGGGGGUAGUUGUUGUGCUUUAUGCAGUUAUAUUUGCAUUCAUUGGGAGAUGGGUUUAAUGGUGAAUAUGAGUAUUAUAUUCCUAUUCGGACAAGUACCGGUACAUGUAACACCUGUCAUUGCAUCAGACUUUGCGCCAUAAUGAGUGUGCUUUGUGUUGGGAUUUUAUUAUUUUUGUAUCCAUUUUGACAGUAAGCAAAGUAAUUUUAAUUUGAAUCAUUUUUUAACCAUGAGCUAGAUGUGCUAGAUAGUGUACUGUAGUACUCUGCCAGUAGUUUGAGUUUGUGUAUGCAUUACUUCAAUGUACGAAUACAUUUAGCUGUAAAUAUUUCAAUGUCAGGCAUAAAAACUAUGCUAGUCAUCUUUAGUCAUGGGUGUACAAUGUAUUUAUAUAUAUAAAGGGUAUGUAAUUUUUAGCCAGAUUUUUUGCUGAGUGUCAAAUGAUUACACAUCGGACUGUACUGUGAAGUCUAUGGUGAUUUGUUGUAGAAGUCUGAAGACAGUUUGAAAGAAAUAUGGGAAAGCUUGCUUUGUUUGCAUGUUCUGUCUGUAAUCAUAGCAGUCUGCAAGAGUAGCUUGGAAGUUAAAUUCAAUGUUUAGAGAUAUAUUAAAUGGAUGUUUUCAGCUCUAAACAUGGCGAGAAUGCUGGUCUUUAUCGUUGUACCGUGUGGACAGCAACACAAAUUCUGUCACAGAAAAAAGGCAAGUUUUCCUAUUCCCUGUUUGGAAAGCAUUUUUGAAUGGAUUUCAAUGAAUUCAUUGGUGUGGUUUUAGGGGCCACACAUGCUAAGGAAAACACUUUACAGCUUGCAAUUUGCACCUCAUUAUGGGCAGGGUAAUCCAUCGUUUCUAUCGCAAUUUUUUGAUUGCGUUGGUCACAAUUGCCAAAAUAUUAUUGGUAUGAUGAAUUCGUGCAGUAUGCAGUCACAGUUAGGGUAAACGGUGUUCAUGUUGUUAUCCUUAGUUGGUUUUUUAGGAGCAGCAAAUAUUAUACGACUAAAGAUGUAUGAGAUUUUGAGUAAUGUCAUAUGAAUGGUUUGGAAAAGAAGGUGUCCCCUGAGCUCUUCGAAACUCCUCCAUUAAUACAUGAUUCGGAAUAAGUUAUGAGGUAGCUCACUGUUUACCUUUACUGAUGACUAUCUUGUACUUGUUUACAUGUAUCUUUAUUUACUGAUUAUUAUAAGUAUAAUGUGCAAUAAAUGGUAUAUUUAAGAAAA